GCUACUGGAAGCAGGUGGGAUCUGCUCCGUGUCACCGCUGCAAGUCCUGGAGCGCACUUCCCACACACUCCUGUAGGCAAGGACCGCGAUCCAUUGGGAGCCCAGACACAUAACCUGCAGGCAGGGGUCACUGCUCUGCUAACCCUGAACGGGAGUGAGCUGCUGCAGCCUGGGAGUUAUGAAGCAAUAAAGGAGGACCAGAUAGCAGGGAAUUCAGCAACUCGCCUUCCGUGGUUCUCCUGUUUAUUUACAGCGUUGUGCGGGCUGACAAUGAGGACUUACUAACAGCUGAUACAAGUAGACACAUCACAUGUAUGAGGUACUGGGCAGUCCCUACAAGGGAGAUAAAAGACAACCUGCUUGCCUGGGAGAGAAGGAAGCUGAUACCCAAGAAGCAAAAAUGGGAGAACAACCCAUUUUUACCACAAAAGCACAUGUCUUCCAGAUUGAUCCUAGCACCAAGAAGAACUGGGUCCCUGCUAGUAAACAAGCAGUAACGGUUUCCUACUUCUAUGACAGCACAAGGAAUAGUUAUAGGAUUAUCAGUGUUGAUGGUACCAAGGUGAUAAUAAAUAGCACAAUUACCCCCAAUAUGAAUUUUACAAAGACAUCACAGAAGUUUGGACAAUGGGCAGACAGUAGAGCAAAUACGGUUUUUGGCCUGGGAUUUGCUUCUGAACAACAGUUAUCAAAGUUUGCAGACAAAUUUCAAGAAGUUAAAGAAGCUGCAAGACUGGCACGUGAAAGAUCUCAAGAAAAGAUGGAGACCUCCAGCAACCACUCUCAAGAAUCAGGGCGUGGAACUCCAUCUUCAACUCGUGCUUCAAGUGUGAAUGGAACAGAUGAUGAGAAGUCUUUCCAUGGUGGCCCUCCUGACAUUGAGCUUAAAACUGAGAAUGAUAAAUUAAAAACUGCCCUUGCACAAAGCUCUUCCAAUGUGAAGAAAUGGGAAACCGAAUUGGAGACAUUGAGGGAGAGCAAUGCAAGACUGUCUUCCGCACUCCAGGAAUCCAUUGCCAGUGUAGAACAUUGGAAGAGGCAGUUUCUAGCCUGCAAAGAUGAGAAUGAUCAACUCAGGAAUAAGGUUGUAGAACUUGAAGCACAGUGUGAUGAAAUUGAUAAAGAAAGAGCGAGAAACGAAGAGCUCAGCAAAAGACUGCAGCAACUUGAAACCGAAAUUCAGGACAAAGAAGCAGAAUUAGAAGACCUCAGGAAACAGAGUGAAAUCCUCCCUCAGCUGAUGUCAGAGUGUGAAUCUGUGACUGAGAAACUGCAGGGCGCUGAACAGCGAAACCAGGAGCUGGAAGAGAAAGUGAGAACGCUAAGGAAGGACAUGGAAGAAAGCAAACACAGACAGGGCCACUUGAAAUUGGAACUGAAACAUUUUCUGAACAUAUUAGAUGGGAAGUUAAACGAUUUGCACGAAUUCCGUCAAGGACUCUCAAAAUUAGAAAUGGAUAAUUAGGGCGUGAUGGAUUUUUCUCUCUGCAGAUGGGUAAUUACUAGGACUAGCAUUAGAGGAUGCUGUGCUCAGUAAUUUGAAUGUUUCCUAGCACCCAUGGAUAGCUAGGAUUGGUCUGUUUAGCCCAAUUUAACAAACCAACAGCUGCCUAAAACUUAAAAGCCAUGUGUAAUACUUUCUACAGAACUAGUCUAGGAUUAGCUAUACAAGCCUUGAAUUCAGCACCGGAGGGUAUGGGGAUUCGGUGCUAAAGAACAGGAAGAUAAAACAUAACAUAUAUGUGGUAAUGUGCCACUACCCAUAAUCCUUUGCCCUUUUAAAACAGUAAUAAUUCAUUUGAUGCUUUGUGACAGAUACACAAAACACUCAUAGGUAUUCUUUAAAGUAUCUGCUUAGCAACACUGUUUUGGAACUGCAAUAAAAGGAAAGCAUUUGACUAAUAAACAAAUACAUAUAUUAAAAAUAUAUAUAUAUAUAUACAUUAAAAAAAUCCUAAGUAAAUAGAAAUGUAAAGAUUUCAGAAAAGAGAAUAUUUAAGAGGAUUAUUUAAAUAUAUAAAUUAACUUGAAUUAGUGCUUUAACAAAAUUUGUUUCCAAAUGUAUGGAUUUUUUUGGUCAGUUUGGGGGGCAGGGAAGUCUUGGUCAUACUUUACUUCAUGGUUACACAACCUUUAUUCCAGUGACUUUUCAUUAUACAUAUGUUGUACCACUAUUAGAAAUAACCUUAGUGCAAUUAUCUGCAUUUACUUGCUGCUAUGAAAAGUCUUGACAUAAUUUGCUGUGGAAAAAAAAUAUAUUUUGCUACUGAAUUUGAGUCCUGUUUAGCACCAGAAAAAUAUUAGACAAUGUGUAGUGGGCAACUUUGCAGGAGAAGCAAGCACUCUAAAACAGCGUUAUUAUUAAUUUGAUACUGCAGUGCCCCUUGAUUGUGAGGUGUAGUAUUUAAAUAUGUCUACAAAACUCUAGUUAUACAACUUAUUAGAGACCAAAAAGGGAAACGGAAAUAAAUGAUGGGAAGCUCAUUUAAUUUGGGGUAGUGGCGAUUAAACACAUUUAUUUUUCUUCUAAACCCAUCCAUGAGCUAUUGAUCACAUCUCCUGGAAACUGGACAUAUAAAAUGUGUGUAAAAUGCAGUAUCAUUCUGUGACAUCUUAGAUCAUGGUUCCCUGGAAUUCAAAUUAGGCAAGUGAGACAGGAAUGCACAUUUACUGUCAGGUGAUUGGUGGGCUAUGGUUCCCAUUUAUUACUAUUCUGUUCACUUUUUGUUUUUUAGUAUUAGGUGUUGAGUAAAAUCGAUUUGGGAUUGCUGUUUAUUACUGGAGAUAACGCAGAUUAUCUGAUGCAUUGAAACAGCAUUUCCAUCAUGGUCCUCAAUGAAAGUUAGUCAGCCUAAUGCUAAAGAUAUUCCUUUUUCAACAAAUCUGGUUUAAUAUCUGCUGUGCUAGUGUUAAUCUUGUUAACCACAUUCCCAAACUUCAAUCUUACUGGCUGAGAUCUUUUGCCUAUGUCAUCUUGGUAUAUCCUAGCAGACAGACUUCAUAUUGCAUUAGAUCUGUAAAUGUGGUCAGCAGUCUCGGUGCUGCUACGUAUCAUUUAGAAACCCCUUAGGAACAUGAUAGGUGUAUGUAUUCUUGCACUAAGGGAACAAUAAAAAAUAUGAAUGUAUAGUUUGAUAUUUUACUCAGAAGUACAAAUGAAGGUCUUACAUGCUGUCACAAAGAUCUCUCUUUUUUAAUUUCCAGAUAUUUUUUUAUUUGAUUUUUUACCAAAGCCCUCCUGCUCAAAUAACUGACAAUAUGAACUAUUCACAUACAUUGUUAUAUUUAGAGGAACACUUGUAGCUGGUUAUACAACGUGGCUCUGUCUGUAUAUUAUCAUUUUUUUUUUUUUGCAAGUUCCCAGCUAUAAUAUCGGUAACAGUAUAACAAGGUUGGAGUUCUGACAAUUCUCCAGUAUAAUGAAUUGUGCAAUUAGUAAAUCUUGUAAAAUGGCUACCUCCAACGCACUUUAUUGAUAUUCAAAAAGCAAACAGAGCUAUUUAUCUAAGAGCAGAAGGUGAUAUCAAUAAAUAGACUAGACUAGAAGACACUUAUAACCUCUCAAUUGUCAGAAGUAACAACUUAGAGGAGGCUGGUAGGAGCCCCUACAGAAUAUAUAAUUGUGAUUAAGAUAGGAUUCCUUUAGUGUUUCAUGAGUUUCUUAUUCCCAGGGCCCCUUACGGAAUGUCCUGAAUCAUUAGUUGUGAUGGAAUAUAUGUGUGCAAGUUUACAUUGUCCUGGAGACUUUAAAGGUGAAACAUUUUGUAGAAAAUUAAAAUUGUUUUAAAACAAACAUUGAAGUCCCUGGUUUUUAAGCAAUAGGUAUAUAAUAUGCUAUAUUAGAACAUAAUACUAAAACAAUAGAAAAAUAAAUAAAGCACUUCUGCAAUUUUGUAUUCUGUUUGGUUUGUUGAAUUGGAUUUAUAUAUUUUGAAAUGAAUAAAGUGUCUUCCAAAUA